AUGGUAGGGAAACAUGGGGCAUUUGCAGUCAGUGGCCAGAGCUAUGGUGCCGGACGCGACGAACGCGGCUUGAAUGUUCGCGAUCCUGCUAGAAUCCGGCGGCCUCAAGAUGACCUGGAGAGAGGCCUAAGUCACCAUGAUGGGAACGCAUCCGGGCGACCACGUCCGCGACUGUUUGGCUUUCAAGAUAUUGCUCGCACAGCCCUCGAGGACCGGCGGCGGGACAAUCUGAAAAAGUCAUUGCUUCAUGGGAUUGAAGGCCAUGGUCUCGAGAAGUUCCGCGUGGAUGAGAAGGAGCUAAAGGCAAUCAAGAACAAGAAGGUCAGGGCGUUCUACGAGGACCAGAACGAACGCCUGAAUGACUGGUUGGAAGUCGACGCCGUAGUCAUGGCGAUCGCUGAUGAUGUGCUCGAGUCAAUGGACCCUGACCCGGAUCAUGAUGGCGACCAAGAAAGGAGAGGCGGGCUGCAGCAUAUGCAUGGCAACAUUGCUGAGUUUCUGCCGGACGAGGAGAAGCACCGCCGCGCAACAGCAGCCAGGAGGUCGAAAUGGGCAAUCAACAUCAACGUCAUUGCCAAUGUUCUGCUCCUCGCCGGUAAGAUUGUUGCUGUGCUAUCGACCGGGUCCUUGUCUUUGGUUGCAUCGCUGGUCGAUUCAGCCCUCGACUUGUUGUGCACGCUCAUCAUUUGGACCACGAACAAGCUGGUCGGAUGGCGACUCAAGGCGCUGAAGAAACGAUUUCCUGUUGGCCGUCGGAGACUGGAGCCGAUCGGUAUCCUCGUGUUUUCAAUAAUCAUGGUCAUCUCAUUCUUGCAAAUCUUGAAAGAAUCUGUCGAGAAGAUCGCUCCGCUGAAGGGGGAACCCGAGAAAUUGCCCGCCACUGCCAUUGCCGCCAUGGUGGCGACAAUUGUAAUUAAGGGAAUCAUAGGCUUGGGUUGCUAUCCGAUCAAGAGCACUCAAGUCCAAGCUCUAGCACAGGACUGUAAGACUGAUGUGUUCUUCAACACUCUGUCCUUGCUCUUCCCAUUCAUUGGCGAGAAGGCAAAUGUUUGGUGGCUGGAUCCUGCUGGCGCUGGUGUCUUGUCGCUGUUCAUCAUUUACGAUUGGGGCCACACCUGCUUUGAGAACAUCACGCGGCUAUCUGGCGAAGCAGCAUCGGCGCGUACGCAGCAGAAGCUCAUGUACUUGGCAUACCGUUUCUCACCGGUGGUACAAGGGUUCAAGAGUGUCACAGGUUAUCACUGUGGAGAUGGCGUCUGGGCCGAAUUCGACCUCUUGCUGGACGAGAAGACCUCGCUUCAUACGAGCCAUGAUGUUGCUGAGACACUUCAAUACUGUGCCGAAGGCCUGAAUGAAGUAGACCGUGCAUUUGUGACUACAGAUUAUUCAUCUAGCGGACCUAUUGGCCAUGCUGAAGAUGCAGAGAGAAACAACUGA